UUGAUGCGAGUAACCAGUCUUGUUCAGUACAUGACAACACAUCCGGGUAUCUCAAGCACCCCGGUAAAACACAAGAGUUGCAGUGAUGAACAUUUACCAACAGAUGGCAUCGCUGUGCCUUCUUACACCCAUAACAGAGGCGUACCUAAACGUUCACUUUUUCAACAGUGUGUUGAAGUGGCUGACAGAGAGCAGACUAGAAGCAUGCCCCGUUAAUGAGGCAGCUGGAGUUGUAUAGUAUUUCUCCGACCCAGACAAAAAGAUGAUAUUGAAGUUUAUCUGUGCGGUUGUUACCCGGUCGCUAUUUCUCCUCAUCUCUCUGAUAGGAGUAUGGAGGGUGGUCUGGGUUAAGAAUAAUGCUCUUUAUUGGUUCUUGACGAUCCUUUAUCUUCCUCUGGUGGUCGAGAUGAUUUUAACCCUGAAGAGAAAACAAUUACAGGAUUAUAAAUGGUUUUCUCCUGCCAUCUUCCUGUUCCUCAUCAGUAUCAUUCCAUCUCUAUGGAUUCUAGAGUUACAUCAUCAGCAGAACAAAGCUACUGAUUCCAGGUGUGACAAACUGGAUUCAUCUGAAAACAUAAAGAGCCUGUUAAACAUGUGGAGAGGGAAUUCCACCAAUGGCAGCGUGGCCCAACAGGGUUCAGUAUCUCUGUUGUCGUCAGUGUGCGCUAACGACUGGAUCCUGGCCCUGCACCAGACCCUGUUGAUCCUGCUGGUCAUAGGGAAGUGGCUGCUCCCUGUUGCAGGAGGGGUGACCAGGGAUGAACUGUCUCAGCUCCUCCUCAUCUUCGUAGGCACUGCCGCUGACAUCCUGGAGUUCACCUCAGAGACACUGUUGGAUGUCAAGGACAAGCAGUCCCAGCAUGGUGUACGUCAUCCUCGGAGUCUGGACGUGGAGUAUGUUCCAGUUUCCUCUUCACCUGUCAGAGGGGACCAGGGUGUGUCUCUGCUGGCCAGACUAAGGACAGAUAUCUGGAGCAUGGUGGAGAGCCUCUUCGUCCAGGACGGACCCUUCCUGGUGGUCCGCCUCACCCUCAUCCUCUACUUCCACGUCAUACACCAGAUGCUCAUCUUCUUCGCCAUCAAGAACUUCCUGGUGGUCAUUCUGACCUUCUACCGUCUGUUUGCCAUCUACUGCAACUACAAGGCUUCAGGUUGAUCUGGGGUUAAUGUCACGACUUCCCCAGAAGUCGGUCCCUCUCCUUGUUCUGGCGACGUUCGGCGGUCGACGCGUCACCGGUCUUCUAGCCAUCGCCAUCCACCAUCCACCUUCUCGCCGAUCCACCUUUCAUUUUCCAUUUGUUUUUGUCUUUCCACACACCUGGUUCCAAUUCCAUUCAUUACAUGUUGUUUAUUUAACCCUCUGUUCCCCCCAUGUCCUUGUCCGGGAUUAUGUUUGCUUGUGCACGUUAUGCUGGUGUGGGUUAGGGUGGUAGAGGG